AUGAAGCAGAUCUUCCUGAACCAUUUCAUGAUUCAAACGGACAGACUGUACUCUGCCGACGACCUAUAUACCGUCCGGCAGAGAGAUGAUGAGCCGUUGCAUGAGUACGCCGCGCGUUUCAGCAAUGAAUAUUCGAGGUGUCCAGAUACCGACGACAGGGCAGCCUGUGGCGCCUUCAAGAGUGGCCUAUGGUCCUCACACUUUCGGUAUCUGGUACACAGCAGCAACUGGCGUACGUACGACGAGCUCAUGAAGCAAGCGGCAAUCCAUGCAAAAGCCGAAUACUUCAAUUCGAAGGCCGAGCCCACGGCUCGGCAGAACAAACCUCUACAGCAUUCCGCAAUGGCGCAGAUAUCGCCGUUCGCGCCAACGGUGCGACCUGCCGAAUACACUGAGAGCCACAAGUGCAAAGACACCGGAAGAUCUCAAAAGGGGCAUUCCAAGAAGAAUAAGGGCAGGUACGACAAAGACAGCUACCGAGCGCCGCUACCUGCGCACAAUCAGGGGACGGAGGUGUUCACUCUACUCAACGCCUCCUAUGAAGCGGUCCUGAUGAACGAAAAUGAAAUCAUCCCAAAGCCAGCCUUCCGGAAGCCCAGUCGGCAGGACAGCCGCGAUACGGAAAAAUUCUGUCGGUACCACCAGCAGAACAACCACAACACUGAGGACUGCAUAAGCCUGCGAAAAAUCGUCGAGAGGCUCAUUUGGGAGGGCAAGUUGGACCAAUAUAUCACCAGGCCCCAGCAGGCUCCGGUACCGAACGCCAAUCGUCAGAUCAACAUGAUCAGCACCAUCAGCGGCGGCCCGACUCUCGCAGGAGCGAGUAACCGGUCAAGGAAACAGUAUGUCAGGGCGGCACAGUACCCCCAAGUCCUCGGCAUCGAGAGCAACCGGCACACCAAGAUGCCGAAGGUAUGCUGGGAACCCAUUACUUUCUCCGAAGAAGAGGAAGAAGGGAUACUAUUCCCUCAUGACGACCCCAUGAUCAUCCGAGCCGAGAUUGCCGAGUUCGAUGUUGGCCGAAUCCUAAUCGACACCGGCAGCUCGGUAAAUGUCAUUUUCGCCGAUGCAUUCAAGGAGCUCGGAGUGGAUGAGAGCCAAAUCAAUCGGCAACUCUCGCCCCUUCUAAGUUUUUCAGGGGACUUAGUCCAGCCAAUCGGUAGUGUCAGCCUGCCAAUUGCCUUCGGCGUGGCUCCACGAAGAACCAUGGUUUACGACCAAUUCCUCGUAGUGGACUGUCCCACGGCAUAUAAUGUCAUAGUCGGCCGAACGGCACUCACAGCGAUAAAGGCCCACUUGUCCCCCCACAUGCUCUUCAUGAAGUUCCCCACCUGCUACGGCACCGGAGCAAUCCGGGGCGAUCAGCUGAGCGCUCGGAACUGCUAUGCCACGGCAUUGAAAUCGGCAGCCCCUCAGAAGCAAAAGGAAACCUUCACAGUGGUGGAUAUGCCGAACGGUAAUGAAGCGGUGGAUGAUCCUAGAGAAGAGGCGACCACUCCGGUGGCACAACAUUCCGAAGAUCUGGAAACCGUGGCACUGGAUGAAAGUUGGCCCGACCGGCGCGUACAGAUCGGCACCAUGCUCAGCGCCGCCCUCCGAGCCGAGUUCAUCCAAUUCCUUCGGCAGAAUUAA